AUGGAUUCCAAUCUCGCCAUUUCACCUCCCUGGUGGCCUUCAAUUUCUCCUUUUUCUGAAAAAUACUAUUACUUGACUCCAGGCAUAGGCCCUGAAAUGAGUGAAAACUCUGGCGUCCAGUUUAUGGGCGCCAGGACCAAGCGAACACAUCGUGAGAUGGCCACAGAAAAUGAUGGAAGCGGCGAUGCCGCUUGGGAGGAGCACUUUCAUCCCCGUCGCUCCGACCACGCUCGAUCUGAAUCUACCCGCUUGCCACCCAGAAGACAUCGAGAUGGGUUGGACUACCGACGGCCGGUGAUGCAUUCACCGGGAGAUAAUGUCGUGAUCGACUUGACAGAAGACCCAGACUCUCCUCCUCAACGAAGCAUGAGAUUUCGCGGUCGUCUAGAUUCCCCACCUCCGAUCCGGCCGUUACGAUUUCCACUGGAUUUGAUGAACCACACGUCCACUCUGGCUGAUAACCCUACUGUGAUUGAUCUGGAAGCGGAGACAACGGGAGAUUCGGUAGAUGUUUCGCCGAACAGUGGAGAUGUUCAGAUCGUUGGGUCUUCUUCCGUCAGGCCGAGGCCAAUAGAACCCCGAUACCUCGACAACAAUGGUAUUCCAUUGCACUUUCGUCCUCUUAUACAGUCAACGAGAGCAUCAGAACAUGGGCAAUCGAGAAGAGUGGUGCCCGGAAGGUCCUAUUUUCGGACCGAGGAGGACCUGCUUUCGUUCAUGUCUGACACGCUUCAGUAUGGAGUAUCCGCCCUUGACUAUAAUCCGCCUAGUCAGCCGGCGCACCGGCCUCGUCGAUCAUCGUAUAAAGCACUAAGCCCGGCACCGGAAGGAUUCACUCGACUUUUGGCAGAAGAUGACGUGCCUCUCUGCCCGAACUGCCAUGACGAGUUGGGAACCGGAGAAGGGCUGAAACAACAGAUACAUAUUGCAAAAGCAUGUGGCCAUGUCUAUUGUGGCGAGUGCGCUGGGAAUCGGUCCAUCUCAAAGUCUAAAAAGGCAUCUUCAAAGACAAAGCCGUUCUCAAAGUGCCAGGUUGCAGGUUGCAAUAAACCUGUGAGCAGCCCGACAGCCAUGUACAACCUUUAUCUGUGAUUUACCCUGGACGUUGAUUUUGCGGGCACUCAUUUGCAUUCUGGUGUUAUGGCCAUCUUCUUUCCUCAUUCUGUCGAUACCCACGAUGCAUUGAACUGGCA